UGCAGUCCAGGAGAGAUGCACGUACAGCUGGAGACUGACGAGAAUGAGCACAUGUCGGUGUGUGAGGUCAAAGAUCUGCAGCUGGAGAUGAACAGGAACAGCAUCUCGGAGCUGAAGAGCCCUGAGCCGGUGUCUGAAGAUGAGAGCGAUCCAGUCCCAGCAGGAGCUUCAGGAGAACAAGCCCUGGAUGAUGAGGAGAACCGCUCAACAGAACUCACCACUGGGCAGAUGACCAAGAACAUUAGUGCAGUCUUCCAGGGAUUUUGUGCAGCUUUCCAGGGAAAAAUGGCGAACCCUGUUGGGGAAGCUGAAGUGGAUCUGAUUGGUCCAGAUGGAUCAUAUGUCCCAGAUCCAAGUGUUCAUGAGCCAGAAUCUGAAACAUAUCUGGUCGAUUCUGAGCAAUCGUGUUUCACUGAAACUGAUCUGGUUGCUCCUCCAGAACCUAAACUGGAUCCGGUUGAUCCAGAGGAAUCAUGCGUCAGCCCGGAAGAAAAUACCAGCACGAUGAAGAAUAAGAAAGUCCAUGGCUUCGUCAUGACCAAGAGAACGGAAUAUGCUACAGUGAGGAACAUAAAGAAAAUCAGCACUUUCCUCCAGAACGACAGACCGAAGCAUGUUGGAGUCUCAGCGCGGCCAGAUCUGGAGCUGAACGUUCCUGAUCCAGAACCUGGAGAGAAUCCGGAUGAUCCUCCUGAAGAUGAUUGGGAUCUGGCUCCUCCACAGGAAUCAUGUGCACCAGCUGCAAGCGUUCCUGAGCCGGAAUCUAAAGUGACAUCUGAGCUUUCAAUGUUGGAAAACUACGUCCCUCUAAACGUGUUCCAACUGGAGGAUCGUUUGGAGAAAUACACACCUCUCAAACAAAGACACGUGACUAACGUCUGGCCCAGGCUCUUCAUCGGAGAUGAAGAGAUGGCCACCGACCGAGAUGCUCUGCAGGAGAUGUGCAUCACUCACAUCCUCAACGCUGCAGCACCAAAGAAGCAUCUUAAAUACUACUUAGGACGUUUUAAUGAUGAAGACAUGGUUGGAACGGUCAAUACAGGGUCCAGAUAUUACAGAGGCUUGCACAUCAAUUAUUACGGCUUGCCUACAGCAGACAGACACUGUUCUGACAUCAGCAAGUGCUUCAUACCAGCUGCCAAAUUCAUUGACAAGGCCCUGGAGAAGCGAGCAAGUAAGGUGCUGAUUUGCUGCAAGCAGGGUGUGGAGCACUCGGUGACUCUGUUUCUGGCGUAUCUGAUGAUCUGUCAUGACAUGAUGGUGGAGGAGGCCAUCGAUCACGUCAUGAAGGAGAGACGCAUCAGACCCUCCAGAGACGUCCUGAAGAAGCUGAUGCUCCUCAACGCUGACCUGGUGCUGCAGAGAAAACUGAAACUGCAGGACAUCAAAACCGGCCGAAAGAGGAACAAGUGGCAGCUUAAAAAAAGGAGAGCGCUGAUAUAAAAAUAAUAAAAAUGUGCACAGAUGAAAAAACAUAACAGCAAGAGCUGUCCUGGUAAU